AAGUGUUGGGAAAAUGAUCGCAAAAUGACUGCUGUUGUAGUUAUAAGUGCUUUGUCUCCAAUCCUAGUUGCAGCCGUCCCUGAGUUUAACAAACAGAUGUUUUCAGACAUGUACUUCACUUUAUUUUGCAGAUCGGCAGCAGCAGACACAAUCUAAAAUUGUACAUCGUUUCCAAAAUUAUAUGAAGCAAAUGAUGUUUUCAUAAGCAAAUGGAAAAAUUACCUUGUUCCCUUACCAAGGGAGUUACGCUGAAAUUUGAGACUUUAGCACAUUUUAUUUUUCUCUAUUAUAGUUCUGGCCUGUUAUGACACUGUUUUAAGAUUGAAGGAUUCUGUUGCCCUAAAACAUCUUUUAAAAGAGAAUUUGGAGAACUUGUUCUCCCCGAGAUUCUAAAUAUCAUCACCUUGAAAGAAGUUUGAAAAUCAACUUUGUAACAUGGAAAUGAUUGCCUAUGAGUACAUGCCAUUUAUACCCGUUUUAUUUUUGAAUGAAGUACUUUUUCCAUAUUUGCUUAUUGUGCUUAUUGGUGUAUUUGAACUUGAAAUCCCCCAAUCAGUUAUAGCCCAGGAUUAUUGGGCUUUAACGGGGAGCCCCACCUUACUGUGCCCUCUCUUUCAGUGCUUAGUCCUCUCAGCUGACUCGGCUUUGUUCAACACUGGGAAAGUUUUAAAAUGUAUUUUGUAAGCUGAGCUCUCACGCAAAAGUACGAACCAUGACAAGUGCAGUUAUUUUGGAGGUUGAAGGAUUAUUUUAUAUUUCUUACACACCUGGAGCAUGUUGAUGAGAUGGAUGUCCAACGUUGUUAUCUUCCAAAGCUUAUCCGGACUACGGUAAUUCUAUAACGAAUUCUAAAGGAUGCAUGGAGUGCGUCUAAGUUCGUUAACAGAUGAGCAGUGGGCCCAAGAUGUCUGAUCUUAGCCAAGUAGUCAUUGACUCAAAUGACUCAGACAUUUACAAGAAUGUGUUUUGCAAUCCUGCCUUUGAGCUGGAGGAGGAGCGAGAGGACCGGGUGGAGUCUUUGAGAAUGACCUCAUCCACCCCCGAGCCUAUCAAACCACCAACUAGCCGAGGGUGGGGUCUCUUUGUUGUGUGUGUUCUUCCAUUACGGGCUGCUGGUUGUGGCUGGGGCAAGGUGGUGGUCUCUGCUGCUGCUCUUCUGCUGCUUGCUGCUCUCGGCCUGACGCUGGCCCUCAUCCUCACACAGAUUACAGGUCAGAAGGUUGGGGAGCAGCUGUUGUCCACCAGCCCAUCUGACCCGUUGACUGCAGGUGGUGGAGAUUUCACAACAAUUUCUGCAAAUAGAAGCCAGCUGGACAGUACGACAAUACCUCACCCUGUUACCGUUUCCAUGACUGAAACAAGUUGUGGCGGAGUCUUGACUGAUUCUGAAGGCUUUUUCAGCUCACCAAACCACCCUGGCUCCUAUCCCUCCAACACCUUGUGUGUGUGGGUGAUCCAAGUCAUGCCCCCUCACUUCAUUCAGAUCCAUGUGUCCUCUUUGAACGUGGAGGGUCCUUCUCCCUGUUUGUUUGAUUGGCUAGAGGUACAGGAGCAUGCAGAGCAUAGCUCCACGGUCACAAGGUUCUGUGGUGCCGUUGCUCCACCAACAGUCAAUACAAACAGCAGCACAGUUUGGGUGACCUUCCACUCUGAUGGCAGCAUUGCAGGCAAUGGCUUCACAGCUCAGUACAGGGCCUUGCUGCCAGGACACAGAAGUUGUUCCAAAGAAGAGUUCAUGUGCGAUAGCGGCCACUGUCUGCUGCCCAUUUCCGUGUGUGAUGGUCAUCCGAACUGUGCUGACCAAAAAGAUGAGGCCAACUGCAGCCGCAAACACAGUGAAUGUGGUGGGAAAAAACUGGGACCAUCUGGAUUCUUGGCAAGUCCAAACCACCCCAGGCCAUACCCUCACCAGCAGUUCUGUGUUUGGCACAUAUCUGUUGAGGAGGGUCACGUCAUCAUGCUGCGCUUCAAUAACUUCAGCCUGGAGACACAGGAUGUGUGUGAAUUUGACUAUGUGGAGGUGCAUGACAGCAGCACCACUGGAGCUGGAAGAGUUCUGGGAAGGUUUUGUGGCACAGCCCUCCCACCAGACCUGACCUCAUCUGGCCAGGACAUGACUCUGCUGUUUGUUGCUGAUGAGGGAGUGGCUGACAGCGGCUUUAAUGCAUCAUAUCACUCUGUGUCCCUGCUGGAUAGGACAUGUGGUCCACAGCAGUUUGCCUGCAAUACGGGCGAGUGUCUUCAUCCACAGUGGUUGUGUGACGGCUGGAAUGACUGCCCUGACGGAGCAGAUGAACAGGAUUGUGGCAACUCCACUUACCCUCCCUUCACUUCCCCAUGUGAGUCCAUUGAGGUAGAGAUGUGUCUGGGCCUCAGCUACAACUUUACCUCAUUCCCCAACAUAUGGCUUUCCAUUGCUGAUCAGAGGGAAGCCACCACACUUCUGCGGCAAUAUAGGGUUCUAAUGGAGCUGGCCUGCUUCGAGCCUUUACGGAGACUUGUUUGUGGGAUGUUCUUGCCACAGUGCAGCCCUCAUGGAGGGGUCCUGCAACCCUGCCGUUCCGUAUGCACCUCGGCUGAACAGCAGUGCAGUCAAGCCUUGGACCUUUUCUCCUUCAGCUGGCCCUUCAACUGCCACCUUCUGCCUGACACACAGGACCCAAUGGAGUGCUCACUCCCCUAAUUGCCGCACAUUAAAGACCAUUGUCUUGAGGAAAAAAAAAAACUUGAGAACUGUCUUCAACUUAAUAGGAGUAGUUGACAUUUUUGUCGCAUUUGCAGUUGGUUGGGUGGCAAGAAAAAAAACAACCAUAAUGACGGGCAGUAAAGAUGUGACACAAUAAAGAACAGGCGUAAACUCUAAUAUACAAACACUUUUAACAUCUGAAGACCAGAUAAGGCUUGAGAGAACUUAAAAUGCCUGUAACAGGAUAACAAGUCUUAAAUAGCAUUAUUAUGUGAAUUGAAAUAUUUUGAGACGAUUCAACUAUAUACAACAAUUUGGCAAAGCACAGAUGACAAGAAAUUAGUAUUUUAAUCUGCCGUUUAGCCCCGCCUGUCAUUAUAGCGUUCUAGCUUCCCCAGCUGGAUGAUGACGUCGGCAGGGUAAGGAUUUCUGUUUAUGUAGAUAUCAGCCCAUUGAGGAGGAAGAAUCCGAACGAGGAAAAUGAGACAGGGAGGAGCGAAAUGCCAUCAUUGUUUCAAGCUCUCUACUCCAAUAUUUUUACAGGAUAUUCUUUCAAUCUAAGUAUUUUCCCCCAAUUUCUAAACAAAUGGUAUGGUCAUGACAAGUCUUUUGAUAAAUGGAAAAUGAAAGAUUAAAAAUGCAUUUAUUCAGUUCGACAGGGCAAAAUUACUGCAUAAUGGUCAAAACUGCCGACGUCUUCCUCUCCCGAACCGUAUUUUAUGCCACCAGAGUUAGUUUUGUCAUUUCCCUGACCUGGCUUCGGAGACGGUGGGCUGGCAGUGUUCGUUGCCGGAAAUGAACGCCGAAAAUAGCUAAUUCUUGGCGGACAAACCUGCCAACGUUGAAGCGGGGGGCUGCUCAUGGUCAAGCCGAGGAAAGCGCAUUCACGGUGGGCACGCCUUUACCAGCCGGUAAUCAUGGUGUGCGACAAGCCGCCGGUCGUGUGGCUUUCUC